AUGUCUGCUCUUUUUUCCAAGACUUUAUCGGAAUUACAUCAACAUCCGAUUCGAACCACCGGUAUGGGGAUCGGUAACACCCAUAGAAGAAUAUCAUUAGGAUUCUUCCCACCAAAUAAGAAAAACCCAUUAGUGAAGAAGUAUCGUAGGCGACCUGCCACUUCAGAUCAAAGAAGUUUCCAUUCAUUAGCUGAUGAUUUUGGCAGUAGUGUUCAUGAACCAAACCUUUAUUUGGACCAAAUUAUGGAGGAAGAACCGGAUUCCUAUUACAAUGAUGAGGAAGAUGGUGGUGAAUUGAGUAGGACCAUUUCUUUACCUUCAAGAGUAUCAGAGACACCUGAAUUAUCUCCCUCAGAUGUAGAUUGGAUCGUACAAGAGCAUGGACGUCGAUACUCUUCAGUUUAUAACUCGGAUGAUAAUGAGGAUGACCCAAGUUUAGAGGCAAGCAUUGAACAACCGAGAGGAUUAGAUUAUGAUGAAUUUAUACAUAGAAUACAGGAACAGAGACAUGUUUAUGACUCUAUAAUACAUGUGGGACCUAAACCACGCAGACAUUCAUUUAUCUCUAUCAAUAGUAGAGGUUCAGUUCCAACCAUUUACCAAGAAGAUAUAGAUUCUGCUGAAUUUGACCGUCUAGCACAUGAGGAUGUCACUUUUAAAUCGGAAGCAAAAGUGCUGGCAUCUUAUUCUUUCCCAUUAAUCUUCACAUUCUUAUUGGAACAAAUAUUCCCCAUGGUAUGUUCAUUAACUGUUGGCCAUUUGGGUAAAAAUCAACUUGCCGCUGUAUCCUUGGCAUCAAUGACAUCAAACAUUACGUUAGCCGUAUUUGAAGGAAUUGCAACAAGUUUGGAUACUUUGUGCCCACAAGCAUAUGGAUCAGGUCGUUAUUUUAGCGUUGGUAUCCACUUACAACGAUGCAUUGCAUUUUCUUUGGUCAUUUUUAUCCCAUUUGCAUUCUUCUGGUAUUAUUCAGAACCUAUCCUGUAUCUUGUGGUUCCAGAGAAGGAAUUAAUUCACUUAACUUCACAAUUUCUCAAAGUUCUAAUCCUAGGUGCUCCUGCUUACAUUUUCUUUGAAAAUUUGAAAAGGUAUUUACAAGCACAAGGGAUAUUUGACGCUGGUAUUUAUGUGCUAGCUAUUUGUGCUCCAACAAAUAUACUUGUUAGCUACACGUUGGUUUGGAAUAAAUACAUCGGUAUUGGAUUUAUUGGAUCUGCGGUAGCCGUUGUGCUCAAUUUUUGGUUGAUGUUUUUCCUAUUAUUGUUUUAUACAAUAAAGUUCGAAGGUGGGAAAUGCUGGGGUGGAUUUUCCCGUAAGGCCUUGACACAUUGGAAAGAUUUGGGUCAUUUAGCAUUAUCAGGUAUCAUUAUGCUGGAAGCUGAAGAACUGUCCUAUGAAUUGCUAACCUUGUUCAGUGCAUAUUUUGGUGCUAGUUAUUUAGCUGCCCAAUCUGCCGUCUCUACUAUGGCUGCAUUAUUGUACAUGGUCCCAUUCGCAAUCGGUAUAUCAACAUCAACAAGAAUAGCUAAUUUCAUAGGGGCGAGGAGAACAGAUUGUGCACAUAUAUCAUCUAAGGUUGGAUUAACAUUUUCAUUUGGUGCUGGAUUAAUCAAUUGUUCUUUGUUAAUAUUGGGACGUCACUUUAUUGCCAAUAUAUUUUCUAAGGAUGAAGAAGUGAAAACCCUUAUAAGUAAUUUGCUACCAUUGGUUGGGAUAGUUCAAAACUUUGACUCUUUAAAUGCAGUGGCAGGUUCCUGUCUUAGAGGUCAAGGUAUGCAAUCAUUAGGUAGCAUUGUAAAUCUGCUCUCCUACUACCUUUUCGGGAUCCCAUUAGCGUUAAUCUUAAGUUGGCAUUUUGAUAUGAAAUUAAAUGGGUUAUGGGUUGGUAUUGGUUCUGCAAUGCUAUUGAUUGGAUUGAUCGAAUCGUACUAUGUUUUAUUCCCCAAUUGGAAUGCGAUUAUGAAUUACGCAGACAUGUUAAAGGAAACUGAAGAUGAUGAGUCAGAUGACGAAGAGUAUUUUACAGAUUCAGAUUCGGAUUUAAAUGGCAAUGAGAACGAACGCUCUCCUUUAUUACCAAUGUAA